AUGGGCGACGAGGACCUAUCAAAGCUAUGGGAAGGUCUAACACUGAUAGAGGAUGAACAAGCAUUUGUCAAAGUCUCGGACAAGGAUCUCAUGGAGGCGGCUCAAAGGGGAUCCUUCUGUCUGUUGGCAAAGGUCAUCACCGAAAGAAUUUUCAAUAAGGAGGCUUUUCGGUCAACCAUGCUCCAGGUAUGGAAGUUGGAAGGAGCAGUAACUUUCACGGAGAUAGGGGAGAGCAGUUUUAUGAUGGAAUUUGGGAUGAAGACAGACAAGGACAAGAUAUUAAGAGGAAGGCCAUGGACAUUUGAUCGAAGCUUGAUAGGAAUCCAAGACAUUGAUAGCAGUCUUCCCCCUAGUGCAGUCAGUUUCUCUCUAGAACCUUUCUGGGUGCAAAUCCAUAACAUCCCCUUUGCAUGCAUGAUAGAAAACUAUGGCCACCAAAUUGCCUCGGCUAUAGGAAGAGUUCUAAAGGUGGAAGUGAACAGAGAUGGCCAAGGUUGGGGAAAAUGUCUGCGUGUCUUUGUUGAGGUAGAUAUCACCAAACCUCUGGUUCGUGGGAGAUGGGUGGUAGCAGGAGAUAGGAAAGUCUGGUCUGCCUUCAAGUACGAGAGACUCCAAAGUUUUUGUUUCAGAUGUGGAGUCAUUAUGCAUCAAGGUAGGGGAUGUUAUAACCAAAGACCUCAAGAAGAUCAACCUGCCCAGUUUGGUCCCUGGUUGCGUGCCACACCAAACAAGACCCCUUUCAUUUCUACCAAGUCCUAUGGAGUUAAACCAGAUCCAAAAAAAUCAAAUGAGAAACCUCCUCCCUCAACCAUGGAUCGAAGUGGCCAGCUCUUCUGGAACCAUAACAAAGGACAAAAGGAACAAGCAAGGCAGCAAGCCCAGAAUCCUUCUGAGGAAACUGGUACAGUGGUGCAAGGCUAUAAGGAGGAGCUACCUACUAAGUCACAAGUCAGUAGAAGAUCUCUACAAGGACAGCCAGGUAAGCUCCCAUACCUUGCCUCAGUAGUUAAUUGCCAACCUUUAUCCACAGAGGAAAGUUGUAGGCCAUCCCUCUCUGUACAUCCCAAACCAAACUCCCCUACUCUAGUAAAAGACCCUGUAGUCGAAAUGGAACAAGACCCCACUGCCAUCAGCCUGGAACCAACCAAUACUAACCCCAAGUCCCAUCUCAGAAGUUCAAAAAGACUGGUCAAACUUUCUCAGGAAAACAUAGCCCCUACUAAGGUUACUGUACAAACUAGGAAAACCACUUGGAAGAGGAAAGCCCGUGAACCCCACUCAGGUAGACCUGAAUUCUCAAUCACCCCAGUGGAACUGCUGAAGAAAAGACUUAGGGAAAGAACCUUGCGAGACAUAUCUAACAUCAAUGGCAAGCAAACCAAACUGGACAACAUGCUUAUCGAGAUCAAACAAGAGUCUAAGGGUGAGCUACCUCAACAACUGGCAGAGGCUGCUAGGCAGCCCUGCCAAGAGUUAUGA